AGUGUGCUUUCUUUUGCAACACAGACCAACGCAGGUGGACAACAGAGAGUGGUGCUGAUGACGUAAAGGAAAGAAAUAUUCUGUGGUAAAGAAAACCUAAUUUUAGACGUUCAUAUUACCUCAAAGCACCAAGUGCUAUACUUCAAGAUUUACAGACAAAGCUGAGAGGCAUGGAGUCAAUAUUCAAAGAGGGGAUGCUGUUCCUCCAGGGGGUCAAGUUUGGAAAAAGAACAUGGCGGAAAAUAUGGGUGAUGCUUUUCAAACCCAGCUGCAAAGGGGUUGGGCGCUUGGAGCUUUAUACUGUACAGGACAACAGUCCUAUUACUGAUCAGAAGAAGACUUCUUGGCAGAAAACACCUGAGAGAAAGGUUGUGCGUCUAAGUGACUUCCUCAGUGUCUACCCUGCUCCAAAGGAAUCUUGCCCUCAUGGCUGCACAGCUUUUUACCUAAAAACCAUCCAAAGCAACUACACCCUGGCUUCAACCACAAGCGAGGACUGGCAAAGUGCCCUCUGUCUUCUGGCCUUUCAGAAGGAUCCUGGAGAAUCAGACAAAGGGGGUUUCGAGAAAGGGAAUGGUUUCACAAUGGAGGAAAACGACCUCUACUCAUCUUGGAAAGCAGAUGUGGCCCUUCCUCUAAAUCAGUACCAAGUGACCGUACAGAGCACAGAGGCAUCCAGGAGAUGCCAGCUGAAUGGGGUGUAUCUGGUAUCCCCAGAAAAAGAGGCUGUGUCACUGCUGUCCAUCAGUACUGGUCACAUUGUCUAUCGCUGGCGAUAUACAUUCCUACGGAAAUUUGGACAGCUUGAGGGUGGGUUCAGCAUUGAGGCUGGCCGUCGCUGUGAAUCAGGAGAAGGAGUCUUCAUCUUUUUGUCUAGGCAUGGCCCUCAGAUCUUCCAGGCUAUAUUAAAGCAGUGCACCACGGACAAGAAACCUCCUGUCCAGCAGCUCAGUGUCCACAGAAGAUCACUGUCUGACCAGUCUCCUGUUAUUCUCCCGACUAAAAGCAACCCACCUGCUGCUGGUUCUAAUGUCCAAAGUCCUGCAGAUUAUUUUGCUGACAAAGAGGAGGAGUCUAUGAAUCACUAUUCUACUAUUAAGGACACCACCAUGCCAAAACUAAAGCAGCUAUCUAUUUUAAAACCUUGUUUCUAUAACAGCAGGGAAUCUGUGGGAGAGGAAGAUGAUGAUGAACGCUGUCAUUCCCUGGAUUCUUUGAACCUGAAUGUCAUGGAGCAGAACAUUUAUUCCAACUAUAUGAGACCCACGCCUCCCUUAAACCCAAAAGAACAGAUCAAACCAGAGAUUGAAGAGUCAGAGUGCAUCUAUUCUGAAGUGAAAAUUAACAAUCCCCCUCCAAAUCCCCGGCUGCCCUUCUCCUUUCCCCUUCCUCAGCCUGUACCCCCUCCCCCUCCUCCUCUGACUCCUCCUCCCUGCCCUUCUCCCCAAACCAUUCCCCUCGUCCUUCCCAAGCUCCAUUACCAGCGUCAGUCCCCCGUGAACAUCCAGCCAGGCUACAAUGCACAGGCGCAACCAGUGGAUGACAUGAAGGAGACAGAGGAGGCCAUCGGCUGCUCCAGCCACGUUGCCCCCUCAGAGGCCCCCGGCAGUUUUAAACACAGGCUGGCAGAAAUAAUUUCCAAGGACCUGGCAAAGUUCCAGCCCCUCCUCCCCCCUGGAGCAGGCAGCCCCACAUUUUCUCAAUAGGCUAUUACUUAACAGGCAGCCUAGAAGGAGCAGUUUUAACUAUGAUGAACUGUAUCAAAGCCUAAUUAGUUUCUUUAUUCCUUUAAAAUUCCUUUCACUGGGCGCAUUAGGCAUCACAUCUUGGCUUGAAGCUUUUUGGAUGUGUAUCUGCAGUGAUACAAUCUAACCAGUACAAUCAAGGACUGUGCCUCUUUUCAGUUUUCAUGAAUUGUACACUUUACUUAUAUUUUGUGACAGCCUCUUUGUAGAAUCAAAUUGUUGCUGCAAAAUAGGUUGAAUUUGUCUUUUUUUGGACUUACCUCAAAAUGAACCCCACCUUUACUUAAUGCAAGAUUAGAAGUACUUGCAUGCCACUGCAUCACUAAUCCUACUGAAUAAUAUUAUUUCAUGAUAGUAUAUUGUUUUGAAAUGUUUCAUUCAGCAUAAUGAAUACUUUGACUAUAUUUAUAUGCUUACUUAGUAUGAAUGCAAGAUUGUUGUUUCUGAUGACACUGGUGCUGCUGCUUUUAUCAAGCAUCUCUUUCCUCUUUAUAUAUCUGCAGCCUAUUUAUAGCCUACACACAUAUUAUCCCUAGACUGUUUUUUUUAUAGAGAGGAUUCAAUAUGUGCUUUUCUUCACAGCUGUAAUGUUGAAAAAGCAGGAUACUCAAUGUGACACCACUGUGAGUUGAUAAACCAAAUUAAAAUCUG